AGCUGUUACGGUUUGCACUGUGGGUCUCACAGCAGUCCCUCAAUAGGUUCGGGACGUAUGUAGAAACACCCCGCUUGCAGAAAGAUAGCCUCGACAUCGUGAUGGGACCCGGAACCGGAAGUCUCCUUCUGUUUCUGGUCUGCGUGUCGAACCUGGAAGCCGCCAAUAUAUUGUUCCUGUUUUUCCCGAUAUACAGUCACAUGAGGGGUUCUCUGAACGUGGCCAUAGAGCUGGCUUCACGUGGUCACGUGGUAUGGAAUGCUGUUCCAACUAGACUGGCCAAUCACAGGGGUAUGCAGUUACCGGGCGUCAAUAUUCUGAAAUAUGAGUCGGUAGAUGACUUCAACAUUGAAGAAAAGCUACUGGAUCGUGUUGUGAACGAUUACUUAAACAAUACCAACGCACAGGAUCCGUUCGAGGAAGUGAUCCACGUGUCUGAUCUCAUACUGAAGGACGAGAAGCUAUUUAAAACUCUGUCAGAGCUACAUUUCGAUUUUAUUUUAUUUGAUAUCCUACCUCCUGGAAGGAUGCUGGCCAUAAUUGCAUAUAAGCUUGACGUUCCGUUUGCCUUCAUGGGAGCUGGGUUCGAACCCCAUGCUAGUCGGACGCCCUUUGUCCCCUCUGCUCUUCCGUAUCCAAUUUUCGCAUGGACAGAAAACAUGGAUUUUUGGACACGUGUUGCAAAUGUGAUCCUUGUUACCAUGCAUGUGUGGGUAUACGACCCCUUCUCCCUCUAUGGAUGUGUCGCAACUUACGCUCCAGAAAGGCCCUACAUCUCUAUGGAAUCUCUGACAGCCAAGGCCUGGCUUUGGCUAAUUGACCAGGAACCGUUAAUAAACUACAACAGCGCCUUUCUCCCCAAUGUGAAGCAGAUUGGGUCUCUGUCCGCAGUGACACCGAAGCCUCUCCCUGACAAAUAUAAGAAGUUCAUGGACGGAGCGAAGGAGGGUGUGGUCAUUGUUUCUUUCGGAAGUAUUGUGAAAAGUCUUCCAGACACGAUGUCCAAGAAGCUACUGACGGCAUUUUCUAAAACCAACUAUAAAUAUAUUUUCAAAACGGAAAAGAAAGUAAACUUGGGACCUAACAUUUUGUUAACCGACUGGAUGCCACAGUCGGAUCUUCUCGCCCAUCCGAACACAAAACUUUUCAUAACCCACUGUGGGGCUAAUGGUCAGAACGAGGCUUUCUUGCAAGGUGUUCCGAUGAUUGGUUUUCCCAUGUUUGCUGAGCAGCCUUAUAAUGCCAAGAAGUUAGGUUACUUUGGAUUCGGUUUGGAAAUGGAUUUGAAAACGUUUGCUGUUGAUGAUUUGGUGUCAAACAUCAAUGAGGUGAUUCAGAAUUCUUCCUACUCACAGAAAAUCAAGAAAGCUGCCGAAAUCACCAAGCUCCGAGAAAGAAGUCCCAAAGAUGAAGCUGUUUACUGGAUAGAACAUGUGCUCAAAUAUGGCGGCGCCCAUCUGAGGUCGUAUUGUCAGGACAUGUCGUUGUAUCAGUAUUUGUGUCUGGACGUCAUCGGGCUUGUCCUGCUCAUCCUCCAUGUGUGUGUUUUCCUUAUAUGGAAGUCGUGGCGCUAUUGCUUGAGGAAAGCCAGUAAACAGCGAAAACAAAAACGUGAAUAAUGUCUAUGGAAGUCAUGUUGCUCAGUUUGUAGAAGAAUAGCUCAGAUGCCAAAAGCAAAACGUGAAUGAUUGAGAUGGAGACUGAGAUGAAGAUGAAUGAAUGAAUAAAUGAAUAAAUGAAUAAAUGAAUACAUGUAAAUGAAUGACCUUUAUUUUGUCCAAUUGAGAUGAAUAGUACAUAUAUGAAAGCAUCUCAUAUUGUAAUAUUAAACACAUUUACGUAUUCAAACAUAGUCUCUGACAAAGUCUCAGCUUCACAGAUACAGCAGGGCUGUGAAGUCCCAGGAGGUGAUGCAAUGUCAAUAAAUACAGCCCACUCAUUCAGUGACAUGUUUUCAAUGAGUGGUGUGAUUCCACCUAGAAGGGUGGUAAUCUUGAGUUCAUUAUCAUCACAAUCGUUGCAUUGCAUAUGGCUUUCAAUGGUCAUAUUGUCAAACAAACGUUCACUAAGUGCAUUAAACUUAGAUAAUAAACUGCA